AGCUACUUGUUUAAGCGGCUGGCAGUAAAUGAGAUGCAUCUAACUCCAAGCAGCUCUCUUUAAACUCUUCACAUUCUUCUUUUGUGUAUAUGAAUAUAUAAAAUAUAUUUAUCCCUCUGGGUUGUUUGUGGUGUUUCCUGUUUUGAUAAAUUUUAGAAAGUAAAUUAAGAUGAUGAGGAGCAGCGAGAGUAGUUCAUUUUCAGGGAUGCAAGACGAGGAUAUAAAGAAGAAGAAGAAGAAAACGACGUCGGAUCAGAAAGAAGGUGAAAAGAAAGUAGGAUUGCUGAAGCUGUUUGCAUUUGCAGAUUUUAAUGAUUAUAUUCUGAUGGGUUUGGGAUCUAUCGGUGCCUGCAUUCAUGGCGCUUCUGUUCCUGUUUUCUUCAUUUACUUUGGAAAGUUGAUCAACAUUAUUGGCCUCGCUUAUCUUUUUCCUCAAGCUGCUUCUCACAAAGUUGCUAAGUACUCUUUGGAUUUUGUAUAUCUGAGUGUGGCUAUAUUGUUUUCAUCAUGGCUGGAGGUGGCAUGUUGGAUGCAUACUGGGGAAAGGCAAGCAGCGAAAAUGAGGAUGGCAUAUUUAAACUCGAUGUUCAAUCAAGAUAUUAGUUUAUUCGACACUGAAGCUACAACUGGAGAGGUCAUCUCUGCCAUUACAAGUGACAUUAUUGUUGUUCAAGAUGCUCUUUCUGAAAAGGUAGGUAAUUUUAUGCACUACAUAAGUCGAUUCUUAGGAGGAUUCAUAAUUGGAUUUGCACGAGUAUGGCAAAUAAGUUUGGUGACGCUCUCCAUUGUUCCGUUGAUUGCUCUUGCCGGUGGCCUCUAUGCCUACGUCGCCAUUGGUCUUGUUGCUAGAGUUCGAAAAUCUUAUGUCAAGGCUGGUGAAAUUGCUGAAGAGGUGAUUGGCAAUGUGAGAACGGUGCAAGCUUUUGCUGGAGAAGAAAAAGCAGUGAGAUCUUAUAAAGAAGCUCUUAUUAAUACAUACAAGUAUGGCAGAAAAGCUGGAUUAACAAAGGGUUUAGGACUAGGCUCCAUGCAUGCUGUCCUCUUUCUCUCGUGGGCUUUACUGGUUUGGUUCACCAGCAUUGUUGUUCAUAAGCAUAUUGCCAAUGGUGGAGAUUCUUUCACUACCAUGCUCAAUGUUGUCAUUGCUGGCCUGUCACUUGGACAGGCAGCACCGGACAUCUCUGCGUUUAUCCGAGCAAAGGCGGCUGCCUACCCAAUUUUUGAGAUGAUUGAAAGGAAUACCCAGAGCAAAGCCAGUACCAAAAAUGGCAGAAAACUAGCCAAGUUAGAAGGACACAUUGAGCUGAGAGACGUUGGUUUUAGCUACCCUUCUCGUCCUGAUGUCGUCAUCUUCAACAGGCUGUCUCUGGAUAUUCCUAGUGGGAAAAUUGUAGCCCUUGUGGGCGGAAGUGGGUCUGGAAAAAGCACCAUUAUAUCUCUCAUAGAAAGAUUCUAUGACCCACUCUCUGGUCAAAUCCUGUUAGAUGGUAAUGACAUAAGAGAGGUUGACCUAAAAUGGCUCAGACACCAAAUUGGGUUGGUGAACCAGGAGCCUGCUUUGUUUGCAACCAGCAUUAGAGAAAAUAUUCUCUAUGGUAAACAUGAUGCCACCUUGGAAGAGAUCACACGUGCUGCUAAGCUUUCUGAAGCCAUCACCUUUAUCAACAACCUCCCUGAUAGAUUUGAAACUCAGGUUGGAGAGAGAGGGAUCCAACUUUCAGGAGGACAGAAACAAAGGAUUGCAAUUUCGAGAGCAAUUGUUAAGAAUCCAUCAAUUCUUUUGCUUGAUGAGGCAACAAGCGCGCUUGAUGCUGAGUCUGAAAAGAGCGUGCAAGAGGCGCUGGAUCGAGUCAUGGUGGGUCGGACAACUGUGGUUGUAGCUCAUAGGCUUUCAACAAUUAGGAAUGCAGACAUAAUAGCUGUUGUUCAAGAAGGUAAGAUAGUAGAAACUGGGAGCCAUGAUGAGCUCAUUUCUAAUCCAAACAGUGCCUAUUCUUCUCUCCUUCAACUCCAGGAAGCAGCUCCUCUUCAGUCUUACCCUUCCAUAACCAGACCACUCAGUAUCAAGUACUCGAGGGAAUUAUCCCGGACCAGGACAAGCUUCGGUACAAGUUUUCGUUCUGAUUCAUUUAGCCGUGCUGGUGCUGAUGGGAUGGAAGGUGUUAGGCCAACAAAUGUUUCCGUUAAAAGACUGUAUUCAAUGAUCCGCCCUGACUGGACCUACGGGCUGUUCGGAACCAUUGGUGCACUUAUUGCUGGAGCUCAGAUGCCUUUGUUUGCACUUGGAGUAUCUCAGGCUCUUGUAGCCUUUUACAUGGAUUGGGACACAACACGUCAUGAGGUGAAGAAGAUUGCAAUCUUGUUCUGCUGUGCUGCAUUUGUGACACUCAUUGUUCAUGCCCUCGAACAUCUCUGUUUCGGAAUUAUGGGAGAGCGACUCACCCUUCGAGUAAGGGAAAUGAUGUUUUCAGCUAUCUUGAGGAAUGAAAUUGGAUGGUUUGAUGAUGUAAACAACACAAGUUCAAUGCUUGCUUCGCGUCUUGAGAGUGAUGCUACGUUGCUAAGAACCAUAGUUGUCGACCGAUCAACCAUUCUACUACAGAAUGUAGGAUUGGUUGUAGCGGGAUUUGUGAUUGCUUUUAUACUAAACUGGAGAAUUACACUCGUUGUUUUGGCCACAUAUCCUCUUGUCAUAAGCGGUCACAUAAGCGAGAAACUCUUCAUGCAAGGCUAUGGGGGCAAUUUGAGCAAAGCUUAUUUAAAAGCUAACAUGUUGGCUGGUGAAGCUGUGAGUAACAUCCGAACUGUUGCAGCAUUUUGCUCAGAAAAGAAGGUACUCGACCUUUAUGCUCGAGAACUUGUGGAACCAUCGAAGAAAUCCUUUAACCGCGGUCAGAUUGCAGGCAUAUUUUAUGGCAUCUCCCAGUUCUUCAUCUUUUCGUCAUAUGGCCUUGCUCUAUGGUAUGGUUCUGUUCUGAUGGGGAAGGAGCUGGCAAGCUUUAAAUCAGUAAUGAAGUCUUUCAUGGUCCUAAUUGUAACAGCUCUAGCCAUGGGUGAAACCUUGGCACUAGCACCAGAUCUUUUAAAAGGAAACCAAAUGGUGGCUUCUGUGUUUGAAGUAAUGGACCGUAAGUCAAAAGUAAUGGGAGAUGCUGGAGAAGAGCUGAGGAAUGUGAUCGGUACAAUCGAAUUGAGUCGUGUCCAGUUCAGUUAUCCUUCAAGACCAGAAGUUACCAUUUUCAAGGACCUUAAUCUAAAAGUAAGAGCAGACAAGAGCAUGGCAUUGGUUGGCCAAAGUGGCUCUGGUAAAAGCUCUGUGCUUUCUCUUAUUCUUCGAUUCUACGACCCAACAGCCGGCAAAGUCAUGAUUGAUGGGAUGGACAUUAGGAAAUUGAGGCUGAAAUCUCUACGGAAACACAUUGGACUUGUUCAACAAGAACCAGCUCUUUUCGCAACAACAAUAUAUGAAAACAUCCUGUAUGGAAACGAAGGAGCUUCUCAAUCAGAAGUGAUCGAAGCAGCAAAGCUAGCGAAUGCUCAUGGCUUCAUAAGUGCACUUCCGGAGGGCUACUCAACACAAGUAGGUGAACGAGGAGUUCAACUCUCUGGUGGACAAAAGCAACGAGUAGCGAUAGCCCGAGCAGUUCUUAAAAACCCAGAAAUUUUGCUUCUAGAUGAGGCAACAAGUGCGCUAGACGUUGAGUCAGAACGUGUUGUUCAACAAGCUCUAGAUAGGUUGAUGAAGAACAGAACAACAGUAAUGGUGGCACAUAGACUUUCCACCAUUAAAAAUGCAGACCAAAUAUGUGUUAUACAAAACGGGAAAGUAAUAGAGCAAGGGACUCAUUCUAGUCUCAUAGAAAACACAGAUGGAGCAUACUUUAAACUAGUCAGUCUCCAGCAACACCAAUACCCUCAAUAACUACACGAAAUUCACUAUUUUUACCAACUUUUAUCCUAUAUAUAGAUACAUAUAUAUAUAUUUAUACCCAUUUCUCCUUAAAACCAAAUAUGCUCUAACUUUAAGUUGCAUCAAUUGUUCCUUCCCAUCAAGAGAGAUUUCUAUAUCUAUAUCUAUAUCUAUUGAUAAUUCAUGAGUACAUACUGUUUACCGUUC